GAUUCGUAAGAUAUUAUAAGAUAUUACAUGCAACAAAAAAUUAACAUAAUUCUAAUUAACCGGUAAAGGGAUACUAUAUAAUGUAACUAUAUCUACUGAUGUUUUUCCAACCACAACCAUCUCAACUCGAUCUUUAAGAGAGACAAAAUGGGCGAAAGAGGAAGUUCAUUGUUGGCGAAACUCAUCUUGAUCCUUAGUUUUGUAGUUGUAGCUCUUGGAAGUAAUACCGUCACUAAUCUAAAAGCCUUCUAUUUGGUGCAGCAGUGGUUGGGAUCAUACUGUAAUCAAGCGGGAACAAAAUGUUGCUACCCUCCAUCAGGGAAACCUAGUCCGGAUUUUACUAUUGAUGGACUAUGGCCUUACUCUGGUGAUGGAAAUUUCGCCUACAAUUGUGGCAACGACAACUAUGACGUUGGUCGGAUAAAAUUCUUGCAGGAUGAGCUACGAAAAUCGUGGCCAUCCUUCACAUGCCCACAAAUCGGAAGGAAGUUUUGGGUGCAUGAAUGGAACAAGCACGGAACAUGCACUAAAUCAAUCCUAGGUGAGAUCCCUUACUUGCAAGCCGCUUUGAACCUCAAGAACAAGGCCAACAUCUACCAAGCCCUAGCGAAAGCCGGUAUUACACCAGGCAACAAGUUUUACUCUCUAGAUGUUAUUAAGAAGGUUCUAGCUCGAUCUAUCGGGUUUAAUCCAUGGGUUAGGUGUAACAAAAAUGCUCAAGGACAUGACCAGAUUUGGCAAGUCACAUUUUGCGCUGAUAUAACUGGGAAAAACCUCGUCGAAUGCCCUUACAUUCCUUCCGGAGUUGACGAUUGUGAAUCUCAAAUCCAGUACCCUAUAUAUUACCAAUAGUUUAGUACUAAGCUAGAAUAUUUAUUGAGCUCCUUUACUUGUAUUUUUAACUUUAUGAUUACGUUUUUCCUUGCACCUUUUAAAUAAACAUCUAUUAUCAUAUUUGCUGAUCUUUAUUGUACUCAAUCUAGUAUUGUGAAUAGUUUAAUCUGGUCAAUGUAGUGAGUUAGUGAUAUCGAAUCAUCUUAGCUAGUUAAUUUGUGUGAUCCAAUCCUUUUAAUUAUGUUUACUUUAUUCUUAGAUUGUUGAUUGGUUGGAACAUAAGGAAUAUGAGAGUCAAUUGGAAAUAAAAUUGAAACGAUCAGUUUUAUAAAAU